AUGUAUCAACUCGAUCCCGUCAAUGCCGCUUUUGCUGCAAAGAUUGCUAGCUCACCAUCUCCGCGCGAGACAGGAAACUGCCAACAGGCCGUCGAUAACCUCGAAGAACUUCAGAAACCCAAGCCAGCACAAGACAUUCAAACAGAUGCUCUAGAGGUUAGUGGCAAAUACGGUCCUACCACAGUUGUCCUGGUCAGAUCAAAAUCUCUGGUUAACAAGUCCCUACCAAUGGUGUUUUAUACUCAUGGUGGUGGGUAUAUGAUGGACAGACUCUAA